UUGCCGCCGGCGCAGCCCGGCCAGAAGGGGGAGAGGUUCGGCAAAGUCCGGAACCGCUCGGCAAUGGCCGGAGGCGGCUGCUGAGGCGGGGAGAGGCUGCCGGGCUCGCCCUGCCCCGCUCGGCGCGAGGGGAAUCGUCGGGUGGGCUCCGCCGCCGCGCCCCCUCCGUGAGGGGAAGGUGCGCGAUGCUGGCCGACAGCCUGGUGGAGGAGUUCGAAAUCCGCGAGGAUGAGCCCUGGUACGAUCAGCAAGACCUGCAGCAAGACCUUCACCUUGCUGCUGAGCUUGGGAAGACGCUGCUGGACCGUAACACUGAGCUAGAGGAAUCCUUGCAGCAAAUGUAUGCAACAAACCAAGAGCAACUGCAGGAGAUUGAGUACCUCACAAAGCAAGUGGAGCUCCUGCGCCAGAUGAACGACCAGCACGCAAAGGUCUACGAGCAGCUGGAUGUGACAGCGAGAGAACUGGAGGACACCAAUCAGAAGCUGGUUGCAGAGAGCAGAGCUUCACAACAGAAGAUAUUAAGCUUGACAGAGACCAUUGAAAAUCUACAAACACACAUAGAUGACCUGCAGCGACAAGUAGAAGAACUGAAGAAGCCUGGCCGAGGGCGGAAGAGCCACGAGAGGUCUGAGCAGCCCAGAUCGAUGCACAGCUUCUCCUGCUUGAAGGAGCUCUAUGACCUGCGCCAGUAUUUUGUGUACGAUCAUGUGUUUGCAGAAAAGAUUACUUCGAUGGAUAGUCAGUUAAGCCCUGUAGAAGAAGAAAAUGAGAAGUUAAAAAAGGCAGUUACAGUUCUGCAAGCCCAGCUGAACCUGGAGAAAGAGAAGAGGGUGACGAUGGAGGAGGAAUACAGUCUGAUGGUGAAGGAGAACUGCGAGCUGGAGCGGAGGCUCGUGGAUACAGACUUGUACCGCGCACGGGCGGAGGAGCUGGAGGCAGAAGUCGCCGAAAUGCGGCAGAUACUUCAGUCUGAAAACACGUUCCAUAAUGCAGAGAAGUUGGUGCCAGAGUCCUUUUUCAUUUCCUUCAAGGAAUCUCUGGACAGGGAGCUGGGUCAGAGCCUGGCAGAGGAUGGACUGGUGACAGAGCUGGAGAAGAAGGCGCUGAAGCGGAGCAGCAGCGAGACCCUGCUGAGCAGCGCGGUGGGCGCGGACAUCCUGAGGGGCCACGAGGAAACCUGCAUCAGGAGAGCUGAGGCCGUGAAGCAGCGAGGAAUCUCUGUGCUCAAUGAAGUUGAUGCUCAGUAUAAUGCUCUGAAAGUGAAGUAUGAGGAACUUUUGAAGAAGUGUCAGAUGGAUGAAGAUUGUUUGAAACACAAGGCUGUCCAGACGCUGAAGCAGUAUUCCAAAGACCUAAACGUGGGGAACACCCAGUAUGAUCUCUCGGCUAGCAAUCAAGAAUUCACAGUUGUGGAGCUAAGUGACUCUCCCACAAAUGCUCUCCCUGAAUAUAAAGCACUCUUCAAGGAAAUUUUUAGCUGUAUCAGAAAAACAAAGGAAGAAAUAGAUGAACACAGAGCCAAGUACAAGACCCUCUCCUCUCAGCCAUAACCUUAUCUGUUAGUCAAGAACUUUAUAAGAAUGUCAGAAGAUCCCUUAAACUGAUCUAUUUCUUGAGCACUCAAAAUGAAUGUUUUGGAUUGGCUGGUAGACCUGUAGUGAACAAGCCAGUUAGUUAAUAAGCCAGUUAGUUAACAGCUAGUUUCCCUGUUCCUAUGUAGCAAUAGAUUUAAUGUUUAGCACUGUCACACAAAAUAGGGGUUGUAAAGCAAACAAACAUCAUAGCUUAAUACUACACUACUACUUCAUAUCACACUUCAUCUCUGGCUCGAGCAGUAACUGAUGUUCAUCUCCUUAGGCCACUUCAAAACUAACAGAGCUCAGAAUUGUCUCUUUUAAGAGCCAGACUGAAGCUUUCCUUUGGUUCACAGAU